AAUAAUAAUGACCCAAAUAAUCCUUGGAAUUUAGUUUCUAGUUAUAGUCAAAUUGAUAAUGAUGGAAAUAUCAACUCCAAUCCAUUUAUGUUUCAAAUUCCUGAUAAAAAUACAAACAUGUUUAUAGAUAUUAGAACUUCUCUUUUUGCUAUGUAUUUAUUUUUAACAGGUGACUCAAGCGCAUUAUCCAAUUGGCCAUAUGCAGACAAUCCAUCAAUUGCAAUAUUGAUUGUUUUAUUUUCCCUUUUAAUUGUUAUAUAUCUUAUGAACUUGUUAAUUGGAUUACUCAGUAAUGCGAUCGAAGAAGAUAAUAAUAGAGUCUCAUAUUUGAUGCAAAAGGCAGAGAUUUUGGCUGAGAUUGAGUUAUUUUACCUAUUACCACAUCAGAGACGUUGGCAAACAUGGUUUCCUGAAGUAAUACAUUACUAUGCCGAUGUUGAUAAGACUCGAAUAGAAAUUAAAAGAUUGAUUAAAGAUGGUGAAUGGGAUACUAAGGAAUUCACAGAGAUGCGGGAAAAAUUAUUAAAAGAACUUCAAAUUAAACAUAAUCCUAUUGACGAUGAGGUAAUAUUGGAGAAAUUGGAGAAAUUAACAUCUAAUGAUGAUAAUUUAGAAAAAGAAAUUAGAGGAAUUAGCAUAAAUUUGCAAAAACUUUUAAAAUCGGAACUAUACCAUGACCAAGUUUGA